CAAACAUUAGAACAUAGGCGCCAAAUUAAAUCUAAAUAUUAUGGUAGCGUAUGCCUAACAGGUACAGAAAUGAUGAUAAAAACGUAGCUUAGAAAUAGAUAAAAUCCUCCAUGUUAAAAAUAAGCACAUGUAUAACUGACAGCCAUCCAUUUUAGUGUAAGAUGGAACCAGAAGUGUUAACAGAAGUACCAGAGUCAUUAAAACGUUUGAUUAGACUUGUAACACGUGGAUUCUAUAGUAUAGAACAUGCAAUUGUUAUAGACUUAUUGGUACGUAAUCCAUGUAUGAAGGAAGAUGACAUCAUCGAACUAUUGAAGUAUGAUAGGAAACAGUUAAGAUCGUAUAUAAACACUCUAAAAAGUGAGAAAUUUUUGAAAUUCCGUAUGAGAGUGGAAACAGAUUCAGAAGGUAAAAUGACACGCCAUAAUUAUUAUUUUAUCAAUUAUUUAAUGUUUGUAAACGUUGUUAAAUAUAAACUUGAUCAUGUGCGACGGAAAAUUGAAAUGGAGGAGAGAGACAAUACAAGUCGAGCUUCGUUUAAAUGCCCUGGAUGUGAGAAAACUUUCACUGAUUUGGAAGUUGACCAGUUAUUUGAUUUGAGUACGCAAAAGUUUAUCUGUACAUACUGUAGUGAAGAGGUUGUAGAGGAUGAAAGUGCCGUUAUGCAAAAAGAUGCUCGAACAUUACUGGCAAAAUUUAAUGAACAAAUUGAACCUAUUUAUGUUCUACUCAGAGAGUGUGAUGGUAUAUCGUUAUCACAAGAUAUCCUGGAACCUGAACCAACUGAUCUGAAGCACACUUCAAGAUCCAAACAGAAAUCUUCAGCACAAGGAGAUAAAACGACCUGGAGCGGAGAUGCAACACGUGGCCGUGAUUUUGGAAUGUCCGAGAGUACUGUUACCAUUACAGUGGAUGAGGAGAAGAAGAAAGAAGCUGUCAGGGAGAGACCAGUCUGGAUGACAGAGAGUACAGUAGAUGGGGCUUCUAAUGAUACAAAUGAAUUUGGUGUACCAAAAUCAGAUAUUGCAGGACCUUCAAGAGCAGAUACAUCACGUAAUGUUACCAGUAAUGAAAUAGAGACAUUGUUAAUUAUUCAUGAGAAGAAAAGUGGUGCAGUACCUGGCAUACCCACUGAGGAUAGCUCUAGUAGUGACUCGGAGGACGAGAAAAAGCCUACAACUUCUGCAGCUGUAGAAGAAAUGGAAGAUGAUGAUGAUGAUGAAGGCCCUAUGGUUUCUAUAGGUGGUGCUAAAGUUUCCAUACAUGAUGUAACAGAUGAUAUGGUGGCUAAGAUGACACCUCAGGAGAAGGAGGAAUAUAUCAGACUUGGACAAGAAAUGUAUCAAGACAUGUAUGAAUAAUGUCGAUAAAUAAAGUUCAAUAUUUUCAGGAAACAUUCGCAGCAGUUCAAUUUUGACUCAUUCCACAAGUGUUCAUUUGAAAAAUACAUUGUUAAUGUUUUAUAAAAACAUGUUAAAGAGACACAGAGUUCAUGCUUGUUAAACAAGGAAUUAUUUGAAAAUUGAA